UUAACAGAGACAUGCAGGUUUUCUUAAGCUGUCCCCGUGGUGUGAGCUGCUCUUUAGGUUGGGCUUGGAGACUUUGUGACUAUGGCAGACCCUGAGGGUGUCCUUCAAAGAGUUUUAAAGCUGAAAGAAUGUCUCAGCUAUGCUCAAGAUCCACAAAAGAUAAUUAAAACAUUUAAGGGACUUCAGGAUUUGGAAAUAUCCCUAGACAUCCUUGUGGAAACGGGAGUGGGGAAAACGGUGAACAGUUUUAGAAAACAUCCCAGUGUGGGUAAUCUAGCUAAGUCCUUGAUAAGUCAUUGGAAAAAACUUGUUCAUCUGGAUAAUGCAAGUGAGCCCCGCAAAAGAAAAAGCCAGUCCAAAACUGAAAAAGAAACUUCAAAUAAAAAGAUAAGAACAUUGAGCUCAAAACCAAAUAAACUCUCUGAGAAGUCCUGGUCCUCUGAAUUGAGUUGCAAAAUGUCUUUUUCAUCUGAUAAGCAGAAGAAAGCACAGAGCUUAAAAGAUAAGCAAAGAAAUGAAGAGUUUGGCUCCUUUAGUGGUCACAAAAGUGAAGCAAAAAGCCAAUGUGUGCAUAAGGAUUCAUCUAGUGGACAAGUAAUCAGUAAGUCCAAGUGCAUCUACAAAGGGAGUGAUGAUGGACAGAAAUCUUUAGAAAGCCACAGCUUCUCCCCAGCUACUGACAAAAGUUUCAAACAGAGCUGUGCCUCUACAUCCAGCAGGAAAAUCUCCUCAUCUUUAAAAAGGGAGAAAUGUGGAAAGGAUCCCACAACCAUGCAAGUGGACACUGGGCUGAAAGCAUCAUUGGAAACUAAUUCGAGGCUCAAAAGCCCAGCCAAGUCACCUACUGCCACUGGGGAAGAUUUUGAGCUUCCCACAAUGUCUUUUGAAUCAUACCUUAAUUAUGAUGACCGGUCUUCUUUAUGUAGAAGGAAGAGGAAGACUUGCCCUGCAGACCAGCAAGUGGCAAAUGCAUCUCAGAAAAGUGUUGCAUUGGCCACUGAUGAAAAAGAAAGAAAGAAAUUAAAACUGGAGAAGCACUUAGAGACGCCCAGGAAAAAGGCCAAGAUAUCACUCCAGGAUCUACUGAAUAUUCCACUUCCUAAAGUUUUGCCAGAGUUAACAAUAUCUUUUCCUCACUAUGCAGCAGAAACUAAAGCUCCACCUGACUUGGAAGUACCCAAGCAAAAAACUGAAACCACUCAGUUCACAGGACGCAGGUCGAACUCCAAGAUGCAAGUGUACUCUGGCUCUAAAAUGGUCUAUCUUUCAGAAAUGCUGACACUGUAUGAACAGUGUAUCCGUGUGCUUCAAAAUCAUAUUGACUCACUACAUGAAGUCGGAGGAGUCCCUUUUGAAAUCCUGGAGCCUGUUCUGGCACGUUGUACCCCAGCACAAUUGUUUCAAAUAGAGGGCUGCAAUCCGACUUUUGUAGAAGAGUCUGACCACUUAUGGAAGAGGCAUUGUCAAAAAGACUUUAGAAAUGAGCAGCUCUUGGAAUAUGAAUCAUGGCGUCAAAUGUAUUUAAGGGUUUCCAAUCAGUGGGAAGAGAAGUUGAAGUCUCUCACCAAAAGCAUUCUUUCAGCUCAGUCUGAAAAACCUAAAGGCCGCCAAGUUAAAAUUGCACUUGCACAUGGCAUAAAGGCACCCAGAAAUAUUCGCCCCAAGCAAGGAAUCCAUGGGACAUCAGGGCUUGUUGUUCAACUUCAGUCUGAGUCCAAAAAUACAGAAAACCAAGAGAGAACAAGUAACACUUCUUCAGGCUUGAGUGCCAACAAAGACAUCAAUGUAACAUCUUCUAGUUCUUCCAUAUACUGUACUAGUACUGGACCAAAUCCAGAUCUGAAGAAAUCUUCUAAAAAAAUUGCUCCAAUGAUGAGAAAAUCAGUGAGAGCCUUCAAAAACCGAGUUGGACCAUGGUAAAUGAAUAUUUACAACAUGAUGAACAUAGCUACGCCAGAUUUAAAUGAACACUGCAAUAUCCUGUGUAGUGAAGGGGUUUUUUUUGCGUAUUGUAAUAACAUUUUGAAAUAACUGAGCACAUAAAAUAUCACUCUGUAAGUAUUAAUUUUUUGAGUAGGUUUUUGUUUAAAAUUAUGAAUAUUUUGACCUGAUUUUUCUUCAAUAUUGUAUAGUAAAUCUUCCCCUACCCCUCUUUUUUUUUGCUAAUUCAAAACUGUGGUAUAUGUACAGUUUUGAGAUUUGCUAAACCUACUUUGUAAGAUACCUGGAAAGCAUCAAGUGCAAUGCAAGGAAUAAACAUAACAUUUCAAGGUC